GUGGAAUAGUGUUUUUUUCGUGGACAAAUAUCGGCUCGCCUGUGAUACUAGAAUGUCCGAGGAGACAGUUUCGGCAGCGAAACAGCCGGCGGAGAAUUCCUCCGCGGGAGCCAAUGGUCUUGGUGUCGAUGACAGCACAAUGGGAGAUAUUAUUGACAAGCUUCGCAUUUUGAAUUACGAGAUUGAUUUUUGCCGAGCGGUGCGGCCACCGUUCAGCCCGUUGAGCCCCUUUUAUUUCUCAGGGUCUUCCUCGGUGGACAACCCAAAUGCGCAGUUUUUCUACUUCACCUCUCUUUGCGCGUGGCUGAUGAAACUGUGCGGGCAUCAAUUCGACGCUCCGGGCCAAUUUGAUGACCCGAACGCUUCCUCCACCACAAUUCUCGCUGAGAUGCGUUCCAUGAACAUCAGCAUUCCCAAUAUUGCACCCACAAGGCUGAAGCAAGGAAGCGGAGAGGCCAUUCUCGCUGUUCUUUCCGCGUUGGUCAGCGCAGCUUUGAAGAGCAAGGACUACCAUUACGAAGCGAUGGAUUACAGCUUCGUAGAGAAGUAUGACGAGUUAGCCUCCGUGGCGGACGCGGAGGACGACCAAGGCGAAGACGAAAUUGAGGAUAAUGUCGUGAUUGACAGCGACGACGACGAUGAAGUUUACGUUCGUGCUGUUACUGGCAACAAGCAAACAAAGACUGAUGCUGAUCGCCCGCCCACCCCAAAAGUGGACGUGGAGGAGUGGAGAAUGGAGGUUGAACGAGUUGCACCUUUGUUGCAAGUGCGUCCCCUGGCUAUUGAUGAUUGGCGAUCACGCAUCGAAAGCGCCACUGUGCUGCUCAAAGCAGUCGAAAAAAUGUACCCCGACGUGAAGCUGAUGCUAGAGCGUCUUGGGGGAGACAUGGAGAAGUCGAAGGACCGCAUUCAGAAACGCGAGCAAACGCUGGCCCAGCAGUUCUCGGACCAGGUCGAAGACUACCGCGUGAAGCUACGUGAGUUGAAUACGUCCCGCGAUGCGGCGAAUGUGGCGCAGCAAAGUGUGCAACAAAUGACGGUGGAGCUCAACCAGGUGAGCGAGCUGUUGGAUCAGACGAAGCGCGACAUUGAAGAGCGUCAGGCAAAGAUUUCAGACACCACGCCGCUUAUCCAGGUCAAGGAGGCCGUGGUUAAGGUGCAGGCCGAAAUCAAGCUGAUGUCCCUGCGCAUAGGUAUUCUUCAGAAUGGUGUGCUGCAGCACGUCAUGAGGCAAACGAAAGCACGUCGCGAGAUGCCCACGGGGGACGGCGAUGGAAUCUACAGCGGAGAAAUUAUGUUCUCGUAG